AUGAUUUCCAAGCCUGUAGGUAUCUGCACGCCUGCCAAAACAGCCAAUCGGCAGGAUGGAUCGGGGCCGAUCAUUCGGGAUCGCCCCACAAUGCAGAUCCGUGGACAGACACUCAUUCCCCAGAUAUCGUCUCCUGCCAUUGACGCCAUCAUUUUACUCCCCACAUUACCUCCAGCAUUCUCAAAUAUCGAUCGACCUUCCCGUUGA